AUGAAAACUUGUGAAAUUUUUAUGGAAACUGGCCACAUCGUGAACAACGUCAAUAAAAAAAAAUACAUUCCCGUACAUCAAAUAGCAGAAAAUUUAGGAAAGCCAGUUUCAGACAGUUUACCAGCUUUUCACUGUCUCACUGGUUGUGACACGACCAGUUCUUUUUAUAAAAUAGGAAAGAAAUCAGGUUUUCAAAUUUUGUUAAAAUCAUGUAAUAACAUUGACCUUCCAGCUUUUGGAAAAUGUGAAAUUGAUGAUAGUGUUUCCAUAGCUAGGAAAUUUGUUAGUAAACUUUAUAAACAAGAACGAUGUGACAACCUUAACGAGAUAAGGAGAACAUUGACACAAACCACAAAAAAGUCUGCACAAGAAAUUCCGCCUACAGAGGAUGCAUUUUAUUUUCACGUUUUAAGAUGUUAUUAUCAAACACAUAUAUGGCUAAAUAGUCACGUCGGAAUUGUAAAAUUAUUUAAUUUGAUGGAUUAUGGAUGGAAAAAAGAUGAUAAUUAUAUUGUUCCGAAAUUAAUGUCAUCUCCGGCAGUUCCAAGCAAUAUUAGGAAAAUUAUUUCACUAAAUUGUAGUGAGAAGAAAUGUGACACUAAAAAAUGUGUAUGUUUAGUGGAGGGAGUAUUUUGUACAGAAGAGUGCAAAUGUUGUUCGAAUUGCUCAAAUAAGCAAAUAAUUGGAAACAUUGUAGAAGAUUAUGAUUUUGUUUAG